GAGAGAGAGAGAGAGAGAGAUGGAGAUCGUAUGGCAAACUCCCGCAAACCCUCCGGAGCGCCAAGAUUACAUAUUCAGCAACGGGAGGCGCCAUGUCAGGCCCUACUACUUCGAGUUUAUCUCUCAUGUUAAGAAACGAUGGGCCGGGAAAACCAUUGUGGACCUGUUCGCUGAAGAGUUCAAAGGAAGGCCCUACGAUUAUUACGUUAGUGCUGUAAAGUCUGGGAGGAUCCAAGUUGAUGGACAAAUUGUGUCAGUUUCAUAUAUAGUUCAAUCAUCACAAAAGAUAAGCCACUUCUUACACAGGCAUGAACCACCAGUGUUGGCCCGGGAUGUGUCAAUUCUACAGAAAGAACCUGAUGUUCUGACAGUCUAUAAGCCUGCAUCUGUUCCGGUGCAUCCAUGUGGUCAGUAUCGUAAAAACACAGUUGUUGGCAUCCUUCAGGCAGAACAUGGCUUGUUUCCUCUGUUUCCUGUACAUCGACUAGAUCGCCUGGUCUCUGGACUUCUUAUCUUAGCCAGAACUGCAGCUAAAGCAGACGUAUUUAGGCAACAGAUUGAGGCUGGGAGGGUGCAUAAACAGUAUAUUGCAAAGGUUAUUGGGGUAUUCCCAGAGGAAGAGGAGGGAGACAGUUUUGGUGGGACAGCCUUGAAGGGAAAGGUUGCAAGUACAAAGUUUACAAGGAUUGGUACCAAUGGAACUCAUAGUAUUGUCUUAUGUGAACCAAUCACUGGCCGGACUCAUCAGAUCCGUGUUCACUUGCAAUAUACGGGCCACCCCGUAGCGAAUGAUGUACUGUACCUCUCCAAAACUGUUGUGGAUCGUUCUACUGAAGGAACAACAGCUGACAGAGCGGCAGCAGUUAACUCGGACCAUUCCCUGACAUCUGUUUUUUCUUGUACUGCUGAUUUUGAUGAAUAUGAAGAGAAUUCCUGUGAGGGUUUCAGCAUUGAUCCUAUGUGUACUAAUUGUCCAAAUUUGACUCCUAAAGGAUAUGGUGGACAUGAAGAGGGUUUGUGGCUUCAUUGUUUGAAGUACUUGGGGCCUGGGUGGAUUUAUGAAUGCCCACAUCCAAGUUGGGCAUCUCUUAGUUAAUCUCUCUCUCUCUGUGCCUCCCAGUUUUAUGAAGGUUGGUCGCAAGGGUGAAGAUAUGUCAAGUGAAAAAUCACUUACAGAAAAGAUGCCAAGAAUCAUGUAUCAGUAUUUUAAGCAUAAAUCUAUCCUAAAUGUCAGUUGCAGAGAAAUCUUGAGCACAGAGGCACUAAUGAGAGGUGAAAGCAUAUGUUUUGGA